AUGGAAUCCAUCGAAAUCAAAGAGAAGCAGUACGAUGUCCUCAUCAUCGGCGCCGGUCUGUCGGGUAUCUGUGCACUUCACAACUUCCGAAAGCGCUUUCCAUCUUGGCGCGUCGGAGUUCUGGAGGCAGCCGAUAAUGUCGGAGGAACUUGGUACUGCAACCGCUACCCGGGAGCACGGGUUGAUACUGAGUCACUAUCCUACGCAUACUCAUGGGACAAGGAUCUUUUGAACGAAUGGACCUGGAAGGAGACCUUCUCCACUCAGUCAGACGUCCUCCGUUAUAUUGAACAUGUCUGUGACAAGCACAGCCUCUACACAAACAUUCAACUCAAUACGCGAGUCCAGACGGCCAUCUGGCAGGAUAAGAACAACACUUGGCUGUUUCGCGACGAAGCCGGCACUCAUCACCGGACUCGUUUCUUCGUCAGCUGCAUGGGCUUCCUGUCAGCCCCGACGCUUCCUGCCAUUCCGAACAUUGAACUUUUCCGAGGCAAAGCGUUCCACACCUCACGUUGGCCUAAGGAUUUUGAUAUGAGUCGUGAUCUGGCCAACAAGCGAGUGGGUGUCAUUGGCACCGGCGCAACAGGAAUUCAAACGGUUACAGCAGUAUCAAAAGAACCAAGUAUCCGAUCACUGAACGUUUUCCAACGCACAGCAAACUGGUCUGCACCAUUGCGCAACGAUCCAAUUAGCCCCGAGCAAAUGGAACAGCACCGCAAGGAUUAUGACACCCUUUUCCAACUCUGCGCCGAGACACCCAGCUGCUUCAUGCACCAGGCUGACCCGCGCAAGUCUCUUGAAGUCUCCGCAGAGGAGCGGUUGAAGCUUUGGGAAGAAAUAUAUGCAAAGCCCGGUUUUGCUAAAUGGCUCGGUACUUUCAGCGACACAUACAACAACCGCGAGGCAAAUAAACUCUACUCCGACUUUAUGGCCAGCAAGAUCCGAGCUAGGAUCAACGAUCCUGAAGUUGCUGACAGCCUAAUUCCCAAGAAUCAUGGCUUUGGCACAAGACGAGUUCCUCUUGAGAGUGGGUACUUUGAGGCGUUUAAUCAGCCGAAUGUGCACCUUGUUGAUCUCAAGAAAACACCAAUUGAGAGAGUCACAGAGGAUGGCAUUAUUACUUCCGAUGGAAAAGAGCAUAAAUUAGAUGUUUUGAUCUAUGCAACGGGCUUCGAUGCCAUCACCGGUGCCUUUAGCUCCAUUGAUUGGACGGGAAAGGAGGGUCGACCUCUCCUCGGCUCUAGCAACACCAAGCAAGGUGAGCAAGCAAUUUGGGUGGAUCACCGCCCUCGUACAUACCUGGGUAUGACGGCUUGCUCUAUGCCCAACAUGUUCAUGGUCCUAGGUCCCCAUCAACCAUUUGGCAACGCUCCCCGGACUAUCGAGCACGCCGUGGAAGUCAUCUCGGAUCUCCUACAACACUGCAAAGACAACAACUAUUCAUAUGUAGAGCCGACGGGAGAGGCUGUGGAUGCUUGGACGGAACACGUUGUCGAGAGCAGCAAAGGCGCUUUGUCUAAUGAAAUUGACAGCUGGAUGACUGGGGUUAAUACAAAUGUAAAGGGCAAGACUGUUCGGAGUGUUGCGAGGUACGCUGGCAGUGCAGUGGAGUAUCGCCGCAGAUGUGCGGAGUCUAGGGCAGCCGGUUGGAAAGGUCUCGCAUUUGCUCAGCUCUCGAGUUCUAAGCUUUGA